CUAAAACUGUCAAUAAAUGGUUAAAGAUCGAGCUUGCUUGAAGCCCAUUUUACAAAAUUGUAGGUGGUGGUGGAGGAUGUUUAGUGUUAUUUUUUUGUUUGAUUAUUAAAAAAUCAUUUGCUUCCCUUCUCGAUUUUUCCACCAUUGCUUUGAAGGAACAAGGUCAGCACCAGUCGAACUACAAAUAUUAUUUUGACAGUGAUAAGAGUGUUCCUUUGAGAACCAUUAUUUUAUAUUUCUGAAUGCCAUUUCCAUUUCGUUUCGAUACGCCGAGCUAAAAGUCAAUUAUCGCAAUGGCGAUGGCACCAAAAAUGCCAAUAAUAAGACCCAAUUCUGCGAAUACACCGCCCAACUGUGCAAUAUGCCUUGGAGGGUGCACAAAUAAGUGCUUUUCCGACUCCUGUUUGCACCAGUUUUGCUUUCAGUGCUUACUGGAAUGGUCUAAGAUCAAAGCUGAGUGUCCAUUGUGCAAACAACCAUUCAAAUCAAUUCUUCACAAUGUUAUAUCUAGUGAGGACUAUGACGAACAUGUUGUGGAAAUUCCCAGGAAUGAUGUCGAUAGAUUACAUGAGGAUUUGUGGAUUUUACCUUUACAACUUCCUCAGAGGCAGGAAUUCCAUGUUAGAACUACAUUUACUCUGGACACUGGAGGCGAACAUGCUAUCCAUGAAAUGUUGCUGAAUCAUCCAAUUACAAAUGGACGAAUUACUCUAAAUACUGAAUUACCACGCAAUACUAUACAUUUGAUUCCUUCACGGAUGAGAAGAGACUCUUCUUCUUCCUCUUUCCGUAGGUCACUUUAUGCUCAGAAUUUAUGGGUUACUGCUAGGCCAGACUUGACUGGGCGGUACAGAGAGUGUUCACCAACCUUUUUUAGAUCUAAUCCAGCAGCGAGACAACGCCUAGUGCCUUGGCUAAAUCGCGAACUAAAUGCCUUAUUGUACGAGAAUACGCAGCUGAUAAUGUAUCUGGUUGAUUUGAUCUUGGACCGGAUACUCAAUUAUCACAUUUGCAGCCUCACAUUCCGGCACAUGCUCCGCGAAUAUUUGGAUAAUAAGACUGAUCAUUUUGUGCACGAGUUUUACUCUUUCAUGAGGUCUCCUCUUGACAUGACUGGAUAUGAUAGGUACUCGAUUUACACAAACAGGCCUCAAUCUCCUGCUCCCAUUUAUGAUGACGAUUCCAGGGAGCGUGUGGAAAUUCUAAGCAACAGUGAAGAUAGUGAUGUUGUUCUGGUUGAACCCACCCCAGCUGAACCAGUAACAAUUGACCUUGUUGAUACUGAUUCAGAUGAUCCUAUUUUAGUAUCAUCUUGGCCUUCGUCUACUGUAGUAGAGCCUCCAUCUCUUCCUUCAACAUCACCUUCAGGAUCUUCAUCUCCUGUAAUGGUUAGCGUUAGCAAUCUACCACCAAAACUUAGAUACAAAAAACAAAUGUGGGUGGAUAGAAAAAAUAAAAGGAGAUGGAUUUCAAGCCCUGAAGUUAGUUCAAGUGAGAUAAGCGAAAGCGAAAAAGAAUCUUACAGAAAGUAUUACAAGCGCAGGAAGAUGAAGAAAAAAUUAACAGCAAGCAAAAAGGUAAACAAGAGUAAAUCAUUCUCCUUUGACACUACACCCACCAGCACAGAGGUUAAUAUCAGCAGCCAAUCGGAUUCUGAUGAAGAUAAGCCACUAAUAAGAUAUAUCAAAAAAAUGAAACAGAAAAAUAAGAAAAAUAAAAACAAAAAAAGAUCGUCGCGCCGGGAUCAAACAAUGCCUGAUUUGUCUCCCACACAAAUAUUUCCUAUGGAUUUGUCUACAGCUAGUAGCUCAAGCUCUGACGUUAGAUUGCCAAGUACAUCGUCAUCUUCCCUAUCCAACAGUAGAUACCACAUGGAAAUGCCGCCAAAGACUACAAGAUCAAAAGUGGAAUUAUCAAAUAAUGGACAAUACACUUCUGUUCAAAUUGAAACUUUAACUUCAAGCAGUCGCCACACAGAGCCUUCAAGUUCAACAACAAAAAUUAAAAUUGUUAGAAACGAAUUGAACAGUCCUCCGCCACAACAUUCAAGAGACUGUAGUCAAAUUAAAAUUGUUAGGAACGGAUUGAACAGCCCUCCACCACAUCAUUCAAGAGAACGCGGUCUUGACGAUUCCUUUAGCAACGCCAGUUCUGAAUCUUUCAGAGUGCCCGCUGUUAAAAGCGAAAUUAGGGAAGUUAAUCCUGGACCAAGCACUAGUAAAUCAACACCCCUCGUUCUCCGAAGGGAUCGCGAUAAUUGGUUUGUUUUUGAUAACAGUGACUCUUCUGAUUAGCACCAAAUUCUGGUUCAAUAUUAUUGUCAAAAGUAAAAAUAAGAUAAUUGUAAUAUUCGAUUAUAAAUUAUAAUUUAUUUUGAGUUGGCUUUGGAGGGUCCCACUUCCACCAACCAGAGUACACUUCCGUAAUUAAAUUAUUGGAACAGUUUCCUCAGGUUUUUUUUUUGGAAAUUGUACAUUUUUUUUGUUUUUAUAUAAUUGUAGAUAAUAUCCAAUUUGUAGUUAUGUAUCGAUUAAAUAUAAUAUGAUUAAGAUUACUGUUUUGUUUCUGUCAAU